AUGCCGGUGCCGCCGCCGCCGCCACUGGCAUCGCCGCUCUGGCGGUCGCUGCGAUCGUACCAGAUCUUUGGUGCCAAUACCGAGGUGGGGAAGACGGUCUUCUCAACGCUGUUGUGCAAGGCUGCUGCGAGACGGAGCCCUGGCGGCGUAGCGUUUCUGAAGCCGGUUUCGACGGGGCCGGAUAGCGAGGCUGAUGAUCGUCACAUCUCUAAGUUCGCCUCGGAUGUCUCCAACAAGACUCUGUUUCAGUAUAAAAUCCCAGUUAGCCCACACAUUGCAGCUCGGGUCUCCAAUACCACAAUUCCCUCAAACGACACCCUUCUCUUCCAAUGCCGAGACUACGCAGCUCAAUGCGCCAACAUCGGCAGGAAAUGGCUGUUUGUCGAAACCGCAGGAGGCGUUCACUCUCCCGGCCCUUCAGGCACAACUCAAGCGGAUCUAUACGCACCGCUUCGACUUCCAGUUGUUCUUGUGGGUGAUUCUCGUCUUGGGGGCAUCUCUCAGACGAUAUCGGCCUUUGAGUCACUCCGCAUGAGAGGCUAUGAUGUUGAAUCGGUGGUGCUGUUCAAGGAGGACAAGUAUCAGAACUUUGCCUAUCUGUCAGAAUACUUCGCGGAGCAUCAUAAUGUGCCCGUCGCGGGCGUGAUUGAACCGCCGGAAAGGAAAUCAAACCUCGAGGAGGAUGUCCGAGCAAUGUCACAGUACUAUGAAGAGCAAUCUCAGGAUGGAAACACGACCAAUGUCAUUUCCCACCUGGACAGCCGUCACGAGGAGCGCAUUGCAUCUCUCAAUUCCAUGGCAACCGAAGCUCUGCAGAAAAUAUGGUAUCCUUUUGCCCAGCACAGUCUUUUUACUGGACCAAAGGACAUUAAUGUCAUCGAUUCAGCCCACGGCGACUACUUCCAGACGCUGGCCCCUUCCUCUCCAACAUCACAGACCGAUAGCCUACUCCGAGCCUCAUUCGAUGGUUCUGCUUCCUGGUGGACGCAAGGUCUCGGUCAUGCCAAUCCCAAGCUCACUCUUGCUGCCGCUUACGCCGCCGGUCGGUACGGCCACGUCAUGUUCGCCGGUGGUAUUCAUCGUCCUGCCGCAGAAUUAUCCUCAAGACUGCUCAAGGGGAUGAACAGUCCGCGACUUAGUCGGGUCUUUUUCUCUGACAAUGGCAGCACUGGUAUCGAGGUCGCUCUCAAGAUGGGUCUUCGAGCAGCCAAGCUCCGAUACGGAUGGGCUGCAGAGGAGAAGCUCGGGGUUGUUGGCCUCAAGGGCUCUUACCACGGCGAUACCAUUGGUGCCAUGGACUGCUCGGAGCCGAGUGGAUAUAACGAAAAGGUCGAGUGGUAUGUUGGAAAAGGCCACUGGUUUGACUACCCGACUGUGUUGUGUGUUGGUGGCAAGUGGCGUGUGAAUGUGCCUGAAGAGCUGAGGCAGGCUUUGGGCGAAGAUGCAGACUUUGGCUCGCUGUCGGAAAUCUUUGAUAAGCAGGGCCGGAGGUUUGGCUCUGUCAUUAUCGAACCAGUUGUCCUCGGUGCUGGAGGCAUGGCGUUGGUAGAUCCUCUUUUCCAGCGCGCCCUCGUCAACGUUGUUCGCAAAUCUCCAGACCUCUUCCGCAAGCCAAACGCGCCCAUCGAAGAAUCUCCCAGCAGUUCCACCGCGUGGACUGGCCUCCCAAUCAUCUUUGAUGAGGUCUUCACUGGCCUCUACCGUCUUGGUCGCUUCACGUCAUCUUCUUUCCUUGAGACGUAUGCCGAUAUCUCUGUUCAUGCAAAGCUUCUUACUGGAGGCCUGGUUCCGCUCUGCACGACGCUUGCUUCGGAGGAUAUUUUCCAGACGUUUAAUUCUCCGGAUAAGACUGAUGCGCUUCUCCACGGGCACAGCUACACGGCUCAUCCCGUAGGCUGCCAGGUCGCCGUAGAGUCCGUCAAGGAACUGCAAAGGAUGGACCACAGCGGAUCCUGGAACUGGGCCAAGUCACAAGGCUGGACAACCCCUGAGGCUUCUUCUUCCGCAAGUGGCCAGCCCGCGGUCGACAUCUGGUCAACCUGGCCGCGAAAUCUCGUGGAGGAUCUGUCUCGUCAGACGGAUCGUGUAGCUGGAAUCUGGGCUCUUGGAAGCGUUCUUGCCAUCCAUGUCAAGGAUGCAGCGGGCAGCACGGGAUACUUUAGCGAUGCUGCGCAGAGUCUUCGGGAUGGCCUCAUUGCGGGCGAUGCGGAGGGCGCUAAUGGCUCGUGGAACGUGCAUUGCAGAGUUCUUGGAAAUGUUCUGUAUCUGAUGGCGAGCCAGAAGACGAUGGAGGAGAGCGUUGCGCAGAUUAGUUUGUUGCUGAGAAAAGGAUUGAACGCGUGA